CAUCCAUCAGCUGAGGAACAAGGUGUCAGAGGAACAUGAAGUCAUCAAGAAGAAGGAGCUGGAGAUUGGCCCCAAUGCCUCCUAUGGUUAUGGGGGCAAAUUUGGAACAGAGAGGGACCGAAUGGAUAAGUGUGCAGUGGGCCAUGAGUACAUUGCCGAUGUUGGGAAACACUCCUCGCAGACAGAUGCAGCCCAAGGCUUUGGGGGGAAGUAUGGAGUCCAGUGGGACCGGACUGACAAGUCAGCACUGGGCUUUGAAUACAAAGGUGAGGUGGAGAAACACUCGUCCCAGAAAGAUUACUCCAAGGGUUUUGGUGGCCGUUAUGGUUUGGAGAGGGAUAAGGUGGACAAAGCGGCGAUGGGAUUCGACUACAAGAGCCAGGCAGAGAAGCACGACUCUCAGAAAGACUAUUCGGUGGGCUUUGGUGGGAAGUUCGGGGUCCAGAGGGAUCGUCAGGACAAGAGUGCCCUUGGCUGGGACCAUCGGGAGGAAGUGCAGCUCCAUGCAUCCCAAACAGACUGUGCCAAGGGGUUUGGAGGUUGUUACGGUGUCCAGAAGGACAGAGUAGAUAAGAGUGCUGCUGGCUUCGGUGAGAUGGCUGCUCCCACCUCCGGCUAUGAGAAAACAAGACCACUGGAAGGAGCUCCUAGUGGCACCAGCAGCUUGCAGUCACGAUUUGAAAACAUGGCUAUGACAGCAGAGGAUGAGAGAAGGCAGGCAGAGGGGGACUGGGUGAGGCGGCAAGCUUGGGAGUGCCUGGCAGCUCGGUGGAAGCAGGAAAUCCCACAAAGAGAGAAGGACCACGCAGAGGCAGCCCCUGCCAUCGUGCCAGCAAGGGUGCCCAGGAGUGCUGACCAAGACAGACCUGUGUCACAAGAAGAGGAGACAAAAAGGAAGGAUGAGGAAACACCACCCACUUUGCCACCAAGGCCAGCAGAUCUGGGUGAAGAGCUGUGCAAGAACCUCAGCCAAGAUCAGCCAAUCUACAGUGAAAGUCUGGAUGCUGGUGGAGACUAUGAAGAGCUGCCAGAGCCCUCUGACUGCUGUGACAGUACCAGUGGAGGUGCUGACUAUGAGGAGCUGCCAGCCCCCUUGGGGAAGCUGGAUGCCAUCUAUGACCAUGGAGGAGAUGGAGGUGAGGACUAUGAGGACAUCCUUCCUGAGGAGCCCAGCCAGAGCCAGCUGCAUGUUGGAGAAAUGGACAAUGUUUAUGAUGUGGAGAACCCUGGGAUCUGCGCAGUGGCUCUCUAUGAUUACCAAGGAGAUGGAGAUGAUGAGAUUUAUUUUGAUGCUGAUGACACAAUCACACACAUCAAGAUGGUAGAUGAAGGCUGGUGGCAGGGGCAGUGCCGGGGCAAAGUAGGCCUCUUUCCAGCAAAUUAUGUGAGGCUUCUGCAGUGA